AUGAAAAUGAAGUCCCAGGCAAUGAUGAUUUGUUGGUUAACAUUAUUUCUGGUCACAGAAUGUUCCUACAACAGACCUAAGAUGCACUCAAAAAAUAGAUAUAAACAUCAAGGCCCUGAAGGAAAACUCAAUGUUGGAAAGACACGAGAGAAAUGUCAAGGAGCUUGUACCACUUCUUAUUGCAACCAGUCUUGUGCCACAAACUUUCACGGAGAAAUAGGAUUUACAUGUAAUCAAAAAAAGUGGCAAAAAAUAACAGAAACAUGUACAAGUCUUUCAUUGGAAGCACUCUUUCAGGACUUAAAUGUCUUACCACCUUCUUCAAUAGUAGCAGCUCCUAUACCUCUUCCCAGUUACAGCCUUCGCGCUCCAGAGCCCAUCCGUGAUGUGGCUCAAGGAAUCCGAAAGAACUGUCCACUCGAUUAUGCCUGCAUCAUUGAUGUUGUGAAAUCGUCAGAAGCUACAUCGGGAAAUAUUGCAUUUAUAGUGGAGUUACUAAAAAAUAUUUCUCUAUACUUAGCUGAUAAUGUUACCCAAGAGAAAAUGAAGAGUUACAGCGAAGUGGCCAACCACAUUCUGGAUACAGCAGCCAUUUCCAACUGGACUUUCAUCCCCAACAAAAAUGCCAGCUCGGAUUUGCUGCAGUCAGUGAAUUUGUUCGCCAGGCAACUCCACUUCCACAGUGAAUCUGAGAACAUCGUGGAUGAACUCUUCAUUCAGACCAAAGGCUUUCAUGUCAACCAUAAUACCUCAGAGAAACGUUUUAAUUUCUCCAUGAACCUGAAAAACGUAACGAAAGGUAUCUCAGGAGUAAUAGAAAUCCCCAGGCAAGAGCUAUGGAAGCUGCAGAACACAUCCCGAGCCAUCAGCAUCGCUUUUCCCACCCUGGGAGCCAUUCUAACAGAAAACCCUGUGUAUGGGAGUCAUCCCAGGCCAGUGAACAGUCUGGUCCUCUCAGUGGUUUUACCAGAAAACUUGAAGCAAAUUUUGCUUACCUUUGAGAAAAUCAACCAAUCUGGUACCAAGAGGGCUCGGUGUGUUGGCUGGCAUUCUGGGGAAAGGAGGUGGGAUGAAAACGCAUGCAUAAAGAUGAAGGAUGUCAGGAACAAAGCACAGUGCCGCUGUAACACUAGCAAGACCAUAAUGUCAUUUUCCAUUCUGAUGUCCCCCAAAUCCGUUACAGAGAAGAUCCUGGAAUACAUCACUUGCAUUGGGCUCAGCAUCUCCAUCCUCAGCUUGCUCCUUUGCCUGAUCAUUGAGGCCAUGGUGUGGCCUCGGGUGGUGGUGACGGAGAUUUCCUACAUGCGCCAUGUGUGUAUUGUCAACAUAGCUGUGUCACUGCUGACGGCCAACGUCUGCUUCAUCAUCGCCUCUAAUUUUAGCAGCCAGGCCCAGGACUACAACUUGUGCGUCGCCAUGACAUUUUUCAGCCACUUUUUCUACCUCUCUUUGUUCUUCUGGAUGCUUUUCAAAGCACUGCUCAUCAUCUAUGGAAUAUUGGUCGUUUUCCGGAGGAUGUUGAAAUCGCGCAUGAUGGCCAUUGGCUUUGUGGUUGGCUAUGGGUGCCCGUUGGUCAUCGCUGUCACCACAGUUGCAGUUACAGAGCCAGGGAAAGGCUAUGUGAGAGCUGAGGCCUGCUGGCUGAACUGGGACAACACCAAAGCCCUCUUAGCAUUUGUCAUCCCGGCCUUGACCAUCGUGGCCGUGAAUCUCCUUGUGGUUUUGAUUGUGGCAGCCAACACUCAGAGGCCUUCUAUUGGCAGUUCCAAGUCUCAAGAUGUGGCUAUAAUUAUGAGGAUUAGCAAGAAUGUAGCCAUCCUGACUCCUUUGCUGGGACUGACCUGGGGUUUUGGAAUAAUCACUCUCAUCAGAGACAUUCCCUCAGUGUUCCAUAUCAUCUUUGCCCUGCUCAAUGCUUUCCAGGGUUUCUUCAUCUUGCUGUUUGGAACCAUUAUGGAUCACAAGAUAAGAGAUGCUUUGAGAAUGCGCAUGACUUCGCUGAAGGGGAAAUCAAGGGCAGCAGAGAAUCCAUCACUAAGUCCAACCAAUGGAUCUAAACUAAUGAAACGUUGA